AUGUCUUCCUUGACGGAAUUGCUGCUUGCGCUUGGCAAUGUGGAUCCCAGCGUGCGUGUGCCGGCGGAGCAGCAGAUGAAUCAGGCGAGACAGUCGGAUCUUUCCGGUUUCCUGUUUGCAUUGCUCGAGGAGUUCUGUGAGGAGUCGAAACCAUCAUUUGCACGUCACAUGGCAGGGACGCUGUUGAAGAACUCUAUCGCCCCGAACAUUCGAGAGACGGCAGCUCGGCGGGCGUUGGAAAAGGAGUGGAUGGCACUUGCACCCGAGGUGCGUGUAAGGGUGAAGCAGGGGGUGCUUUUAGCGCUUGGGUCACCUCAAAAAGAGGUACGUAAUGUGGCGGCAAACAUCGUUGGAAAUCUUUCACGCAUCGAGCUACCUGCGGGAGAGUGGCCUGAUCUUCUCAACAUUCUUCUUGGCGCUGCGGAGUCUAGCAAUGAGCAAUACCAGGAAGCGGCACUUACUGCAGUCGGUUAUGUAUGUGAAGAAGGUCGUGAAUAUGACACGGUGGAGGCGGCGCUUGUGCCUUUCACUAACAGAAUUCUCUCCGCUGUCAUUCACGGUAUGAGUAGCGGCCAUGAGGAUGUAUGCUAUUACGCCACCAAUGCGCUGUGCAAUGCAAUGGAGUUCAUUCAUGACAAUAUGAAGCAACAGGAACAGCGUGAUCGCCUUGUUGACGCUCUAUGCAGCACCGCGAAGAAAAGUCAAAGCUCGCGAACCCGCGAAAAGGCUAUGGAGACUUUGGUGAAGGUUGCUGACAUGUACUACUCAACGUUGCCCAAUUACAUUGAAAUUCUGCAUGCAAUUACAACAAAUGCCAUUUUUCAUGAUGAGGAACCUGUGGGUCUUCAGGCAAUGCUUUUUUGGAUCUCCAUUUGUGAGACGGAGCAAGAUAUGAAGACAGAUGGUGACGGAAGGUGUCUUGACUAUGCUCUGAAGGGGGCAUCCAUGAUUACAAAUAUUGCGCUUCAGGCACUUCUUCAGCAGGAGGAACAUCAAGAGGAGGGCGAUUGGAACAUUUCUAUUGCUGGAGGCAAAUUACUCCAGAGCCUUGCAUUGUGUAUUGGCGACCCCGUGGUUGAAUUGGUCAUGCCCUUUGUCUACAGCAAAGUUGAAAGUUCCAACUGGCGGGAAAAGGAGGCUGCUGUAAUGGCUUUUGGAUGUAUUUUAAAUGGACCCCAUGCGAGUACUAUUCAAGACACUGUUGCACAGUCUUUGCCUGGACUUUUACAAUAUGUUCGUGAUGAGCACCCGAUGCUCGCCGAUACCUCAGGCUGGGUGCUAGCCGUCGUGUGUGAGCUCUUCAGUGACGUCUUCUUGGGGCAACCGGCAUAUUUGCAGCAGCUUAUGAACAUAAUCACCCCGUUGAUAAGCAGCGGGGGCGAUAUGGCGGUUCGGGCGUGUCACAUUCUACAUAAUCUUGCACUUUUCUAUUCUGAGGAAGAGGACCAAGAUAGUAAUGAGCUUUCCGUGUACUUUCCCGACCUUCUUAACGUACUCCUGGUAGCUAUCGAUAAUGGUGGCAAUCAGAAUAUUAAAAGCGUCGCACAGGAGGCAUUAAAUGUCUUGAUUGAUGCGGCAGCGAUUGAUUGUUGUGAGUAUCUUCAUGUUCUUGUACCUGAGCUUCAGAAUCGUAUGCGGCUUAUGAUGCAGCUACAAAUGCAAGGCCAGAUCAGCAAUGCAGAUGCCAUGACUAUGCUUGGCUUGUUGUGUGGGUCGCUUGGUAGUGUGGCGAAGAAGGUGCAGGCAGGCUUUUCAGGGCAUAUUCGGUCAAGUAUGGAGGUAUUGUUUGAAAUUUUGCAAAAUCAAAGCGAUACGGUCUUGGACGAGGCUCUCACAAUGUUGGGGAGUUUUGCACAUGCCGUAAAAAGGCUACUCGGUCCAUACAUGCCAAAUCUUGUCCCUUUCCUUUUGAAGGCGUUGAUGCGCGUGGAUGAACCAGACCUUGCAGUAGUUGCCGUAGGCGCACUGGGUGACUUGUCGCUGUGUCUUCGAGAGGAUAUUGCACCCUACAUCGAUGCAUUUCUCAGAGUGAUACACCAGAACCUGCAAAAUCCGGAGGUGGACCGCAACUUGAAGUGCACCUUCCUUAAUUGCCUAGGCGACAUUGCGUUGAAUGUUGGGGAUAGCCACUUUGCGCAGUAUCUUGAUACCUUUAUGCAAAUUGCUCGCGCAUUCUAUGAGCAAAGCGCGACUCUCAACAUUGCCGAGGACCAAGAAAACGAAGAGUAUGUCAUGACUCUAUGGGAGAGCAUUGCCGUCUUUUAUACAAGCGUGUGCCAAAGUUUCAAAAGCGUCGAAACGCAGCUGGAGCCGUACUUGCAGCAGAUGCUUUUAUUUGCCCUUAACGCGUCACAGACGGCAAUGUCUCUUGACUACGUUGAAGUGUUUGCUGCGGCCGUUUCGCUGAUUGGUGACAUGGCGUGUGUUUUGAAGGGUGUGCCCUCACCGCAGCUGCGCGACCAGGGGAAGAGCGCCCUGCUGACGGCCCCGGUGUGGGAAGUGGUGGAGCGGGCGGUCAACAUGGAAAACGAUGCGGAGACGAAGGGGCAAAUGAAGUGGGUGAAAAAGCAGUUGGAGUUGUUGCAGGCAUCUUAA